AUGAUAGAAGAUUCCAUGGAAGGAUCUAAUUCAGUGUUCGUAUAUUCUUACCUGACAAAGCGUAAGGCCGAGUUCGACGCAGAGGAGUUAGAAGAAAGCGAUGAAGAACUCGGAGAUGAGAAAGUCAAAAUUGACGACCGUGAGGCUGAUAAAGCGCUCUUAGAGGAGCAUGAGUGGGAUAUGGAUGGCUCCGACGGUUUAGAGUAUCAUUCCUCUACGAAUUCGGACCACUCAUCGAUGGAUUUGAAAAGUAACGUGAGAAAGCGUAAGGCCGAGUUCGAGGCGGGAGAGGAGGAGGUGGAGGAGGAAGAGAGCGAUGAAGAAGAAGAAGGCGUUGAUGAUGGGAGAGCCAAAAUAGAGGAGGAGCCUAAGGCUAGAAUAGAUUACUUGAAGGCGCCUGAAUGGGAUGUGGACAGCUUUGAUGGUUUAGAGUAUUAUUCAUCUCCGGAGCCGAUACUUUCCUCCUCCGAUGAGGAAUUUUUCCCCGAAGAAGCUAUCGCAUCUUUAAACGCCAGAUCAUCGAGAGCAAGGGAUUUUACGGUGAUCGUGAGCUUAAGCUAACUUUUCACUACAAAGGAAUAAGUCCAAUGAGGUUGGAGCAGGAAGCCCUUCCCGAUCAAAACUUCCGCCAGUUCUGGCAAGAGAUGGUUUAUGUUUGUCUCCAAAAACUCAACCAAGACAAGGAUCCGAAUGUGGAGUUCAUUGAAGUCGUAAGAGGUUAUUAUCGCCCAGGACCUAGAUCAAAGUCAUACAUUACAUUUAUGGCCAGGGAGAAGCCUGAUGGACCUCUUGUGGAGUAUCAAGCCAAGUGUAUGGUUACUUUGGACGGCAAGAGUCAUCCCAUCCUCUGUAGACCCACUCCUACGCCAAUGCCUUGAUACCACAAACUUUUUCAAUCAAUCAAGGAUAGGAUUUGGCUUUGGGGACUCAAAACGAUGGACUUGGCAAAGGGCGCUGUUAUAACUAUUCAGAUUAUAUCGUUUCGAGAAUGAUCUAUUGGAUGCAACAUUUUAACUUGUGGUCUUAAUACUUUCGUCUGUUUUUGUUUGGUUAUCAUGUGUCGACACUUCGGUAGUAUUUAUUAAGAGCACUAUUUCUUUUCUUUUAUGUUUAGUGGUACUUCCGUUGCUUUUGUUUAAGUUUGUUAGUCUAAAACUUGUUCAUUAUAUUUGAGGGAAUAAAACAAUGUAGUUUCUCAAAGACGUUAACCAUCUCUUUUUGUUUUGUUUCCGUUAAAAACAAAAGGCAUCUAC